CACACCCCUCUCAUGACUCUGCCUUUAGGCUCCGCGCGUUUUAAUGCGAUGGUGUCCCGACGGGAUCAGAUUUCAGCGUCACAGUUGGGGACUGGCUUUGCGGUCCCUGAUGGAUGCUUGGGCUGGUGGCAUGUGUCACUUCCUCAGAUAAGACCUUGGAUUGUAACAUUCACUGGUCCAGGACCCCAGAGACAGAGGUGUUGGGGCCGGCUGCUUCUCAGAACACAUUUCCGAGGGGAGACCGGAGGCCAGGGAGGGACUCGGGGCCUCAGCCCCAUGGGUCUGCCCCCGUCUCCAACCCAGACUCACAGGUGCACUGCAAUGACCAGAACCCUCUGAGGAAGAAUCAGACCAUCGCUAAGAAGCCGGUGGAGUCCAGCUCUUCCAAGGUCAAAGUCAAGUUUGCCAUGAUAAUUCCUGAUGCUCAGAAGUGUCUGCAAUGCGAACUGGAGUCACUCAAGAGCCAGCUACAGGCCCAGACCAAGGCUUUAGGAUCCCUAAAGCAGUCAGUGACCACGUUGGAGAAGCAGAUGCACCUGCAGCAAAUCAAGAUCCAGCAGCUUGAAGAGGUGCUGAACGCAACAACCACUACAGAGAAGGAGGGACACAAGAGGCAUGUGGAGCAGGGACGGCAGGAGCUCUAUGGGGCCCUGGUGCAAGGCCUGCAGGGGCUGCACAAGACCCUGCGAGACAGUGAGGAGGUGCAGCGGGCCCGCCCCACUCGCUGCCUGCAGCCACUCACCCAGGAGAUCCGGGACAGUUCCAGGAGCCCACAGACAGAAGGGGGGUCCUUGUGCUGCUCCGGCCCCCCUGAUUCCUCUCCCCAAACAGAGGCACAGGAGGAGAUCACAGAGAACCUAGUGAACAUUCAGAAAAUGAAGAAGACACCGGUGAAGUGUGGCAAGGUCCUGACCAGGACAAAGAAGCAAGACAGUGAGGCAUCCAACUGGUCAGACACUGAGGAGAUGCCACAAGGAGACAGUGGCUCCUGGAGGGAUGACCUUCAGAAGACAAUCAGUAACAUAUGGUCUGCUGUGCACAUGCUGCAGAAGUCCAUUGAUGGCCUCACCAUGCCCUUGGGGGGCUGCCCCAGGGCCUCGAACCGCAGGGGCUACAAGGGGCACCGAUGCCAGAGCCCUCCACUCCGCUCCUGGGACUCAGACUCCGAAUGGGACCAGGACUCUUCCCAGCCAUCAUUCAGCAAGAGCCCCUCCUUCCCACCUGCCUGAGCGGCUGCGGCUGCUCUCCCCGAAGACCCCUACAGAGAGAAAAUAAAGUAGCCAAGUCCUCC